AUGCAGGGCAGUAAAAACAUUAAAAAUAAAGAUCCUAUAAUAAUACUAAAAAGACAUAAAGGAAUUCAGAGUAUUUCAAAUAGAACCCUUAUCAAAAGCAGUAAACAACGGACAACGACAUCGGUAGAAAAACGAUACUCCAGUUCAUGCUGUGAGGGUUAA